GACCCGAAGCGCCACGUUCUGGGAGCCCGGCCCGCGGUGGCUUUCCAGGCCGGGGCAGGACCGAACCCGGAGCCGAGGGGGGACUGGUCUCCCCGGGAGAACAAAGUUGCCCGGCCUGGGGCCCCGGGGCGCGCGAGCGGCGAGACGGCGGGUCCGACCUGCGGGAUCCACGGUUCCGAGGCAGGGCGAAUCGUGCAGGGAGACGCGAGCCCCUACCCGGGGUGGCGGGCGGACCCAGCAGCGCCCCACCCUCGCUCUCCAACAAAGGGGCCGGCAGCAGCCGGAGGAGGACCUGGAGGAGGAGCCGGAGCGGCGAGCAGCUCUCGCACACAAAGUUGUGGAGUCGCCCUUCCCCCGAGGAGGGGAGCGGGCAGCGCCGGGCGCGGGAUUUCUCCCGCCCAGGGCCGAGGAGGAGCCCCGGGCUCCUCAGCCGAUCGGGCCACCUCGGGGAGCGGCGCCCCUUUUCUUUUGGGUCAUUCCUGCAGAGGGAAAACUCCAGCGUGCGCCUGCCCCCAGGCUAGCGUUUGGACUGUUUUGUUUUUUGGCGGAACUACGGGGCAGGAAGAUUGCACAAGUCAGGGGGCGUUUCCAAUCGGGUGUCAAUUUUGGAUCCCCCCCCCCGACCCCCCUUUGGAUCUUGUCGGGCUUUCCACGUUUCACUUUAAAAAAAAAAGCAAAACCAAAAUUCUUGUAACGUCCAAGGCAAGCUCCCCACGACCCGAACACGCCCAGAGGAACCCUGGGGCCUCUGGGACUUGGCUAGCAGGUAUUCAUGCUAGCCUGGACCAUUUUUCAGAGUUAGCCUUCAGAAGAGGAUCUGGGAAAGCCUUUGGAUUAUAUUGAAACUCAUCCAAGAUGGCCAAGUAUGGGGACCUUGAAGCCAGGCCUGAUGAUGGGCAGAAUGAAUUCAGUGAUAUCAUUAAGUCCAGAUCUGAUGAACACAAUGAUGUACAGAAGAAAACCUUUACCAAAUGGAUAAACGCUCGAUUUUCCAAGAGUGGGAAACCGCCCAUCAGUGAUAUGUUCUCAGACCUCAAAGAUGGGAGAAAGCUCUUGGAUCUUCUCGAAGGCCUCACAGGAACAUCAUUGCCAAAGGAACGUGGUUCCACAAGGGUGCAUGCCUUAAACAACGUCAACCGAGUGCUACAGGUUUUACAUCAGAACAAUGUGGACUUGGUGAAUAUUGGAGGCACGGACAUUGUGGAUGGAAAUCCCAAGCUGACUUUAGGUUUACUUUGGAGCAUCAUUCUGCACUGGCAGGUGAAGGAUGUCAUGAAAGACAUCAUGUCAGACCUGCAGCAGACAAACAGCGAGAAGAUCCUGCUGAGCUGGGUGCGGCAGACCACCAGGCCCUACAGCCAAGUCAACGUCCUCAACUUCACCACCAGCUGGACCGAUGGACUCGCGUUCAACGCCGUGCUCCACCGGCACAAACCAGAUCUCUUCAGCUGGGACAGAGUGGUCAAAAUGUCCCCAAUUGAGAGACUUGAACAUGCUUUUAGCAAGGCCCACACUUAUUUGGGAAUUGAAAAGCUUCUAGAUCCUGAAGAUGUUGCUGUGCAUCUCCCUGACAAGAAAUCCAUAAUUAUGUAUUUAACAUCUCUGUUUGAGGUGCUUCCUCAGCAAGUCACGAUAGAUGCCAUCCGAGAGGUAGAGACUCUCCCAAGGAAGUAUAAGAAAGAAUGUGAAGAGGAAGAAAUUCAUAUCCAGAGUGCAGUGCUGGCAGAGGAAGGCCAAAGUCCCCGAGCUGAGACCCCUAGCACCGUCACUGAGGUGGACAUGGAUUUGGACAGCUACCAGAUAGCGCUAGAGGAAGUGCUGACGUGGCUGUUGUCUGCAGAGGAUACGUUCCAGGAGCAAGAUGACAUUUCUGAUGAUGUCGAAGAAGUCAAAGAGCAGUUUGCUACCCAUGAAACUUUUAUGAUGGAGCUGACAGCACACCAGAGCAGUGUGGGGAGCGUCCUGCAGGCUGGCAACCAGCUGAUGACACAAGGAACUCUGUCAGAUGAGGAGGAGUUUGAGAUCCAGGAACAGAUGACCUUGCUGAAUGCAAGGUGGGAGGCGCUCCGGGUGGAGAGCAUGGAGAGGCAGUCCCGGCUGCAUGACGCUCUGAUGGAGCUGCAGAAGAAACAGCUGCAGCAGCUCUCAGGCUGGCUGGCCCUCACAGAAGAGCGCAUUCAGACGAUGGAGAGCCUCCCGCUGGGUGAUGACCUGCCCUCCCUGCAGAAGCUGCUUCAAGAACAUAAAAGUUUGCAAAAUGACCUUGAAGCUGAACAAGUGAAGGUAAAUUCCUUAACUCACAUGGUGGUGAUUGUGGAUGAAAACAGUGGGGAGAGUGCCACAGCUCUUCUGGAAGAUCAGUUACAGAAACUGGGUGAGCGCUGGACAGCUGUAUGCCGCUGGACUGAAGAACGUUGGAACAGGUUGCAAGAAAUCAGUAUUCUUUGGCAGGAAUUAUUGGAAGAGCAGUGUCUGUUGGAGGCUUGGCUCACCGAAAAGGAAGAGGCUUUGAAUAAAGUCCAAACCAGCAACUUUAAAGACCAGAAAGAACUAGGUGUCAGUGUCCGGCGUCUGGCUAUUUUGAAGGAAGACAUGGAAAUGAAGAGGCAGACUCUGGAUCAACUGAGUGAGAUUGGCCAGGAUGUGGGCCAAUUACUCAGUAACCCCAAGGCAUCUAAGAAGAUGAGCAGUGACUCUGAGGAGCUAACACAGAGAUGGGAUUCUUUGGUUCAGAGACUCGAAGACUCUUCUAACCAGGUGACUCAGGCUGUAGCAAAGCUCGGCAUGUCCCAGAUUCCUCAGAAGGACCUUUUGGAGACCGUUCACGUGAGAGAACAAGGAAUGAUGAAGAAGCCCAAGCAGGAACUGCCUCCUCCUCCCCCACCAAAGAAGAGACAGAUUCAUGUGGAUGUGGAGGCCAAGAAAAAGUUUGAUGCUAUCAGUACAGAGCUGCUGAACUGGAUUUUGAAAUCAAAGACUGCCAUUCAGAACACAGAGAUGAAAGAAUAUAAGAAGUCACAGGAGACCUCAGGAAUGAAAAAGAAAUUGAAGGGAUUAGAGAAAGAACAGAAGGAAAAGCUGCCCCGACUGGAUGAACUGAAUCAAACCGGACAAAUCCUCCGGGAGCAAAUGGGAAGAGAAGGCCUUUCCACUGAAGAAGUAAACGAUGUUCUGGAAAGGGUUUUGUUGGAGUGGAAGAUGAUAUCUCAGCAGCUAGAAGAUCUGGGAAGGAAGAUCCAGCUGCAGGAAGAUAUAAAUGCUUAUUUUAAGCAGCUUGAUGCCCUUGAGAAAACCAUCAAGGAGAAGGAAGAGUGGCUGAGGGGCACACCCGUUUCUGAAUUACCCAGGCAGCCCUUGCCAGGCUUAAAGGAUUCCUGCCAGAGGGAGCUGACAGAUCUCCUUGGCCUUCACCCCAGAAUUGAGAUGCUGUGUGCAAGCUGUUCAGCCCUGAAGUCUCAGCCCUGUGUCCCAGGUUUUGUCCAGCAGGAUUUUGACGACCUUCGACAUCAUUACCAGGCUGUACAGAAGGCUUUAGAGGAAUACCAACAACAACUAGAAAAUGAGCUGAAGAGCCAGCCUGGACCCGCGUAUUUGGACACACUGAAUACCCUGAAAAAAAUGCUAAGCGAGUCAGAAAAGGCAGCCCAGGCCUCUCUGAAUGCCCUGAACGAUCCCUUAGUGGUGGAGCAGGCCCUGCAGGAGAAAAAGGCCCUUGAUGAAACCCUUGAGAAUCAAAAACCUACAUUACAUAAGCUUUCAGAAGAAACAAAGACUUUGGAGAAAAAUAUGCUUCCUGAUGUGGGGAAAAUGUAUAAACAAGAAUUUGAUGAUGUCCAAGGCAGAUGGAAUAAAGUAAAGACCAAGGUUUCCAGAGAUUUACACUUGCUUGAGGAAAUCACCCCCAGACUCCGAGAUUUUGAGGCUGAUUCAGAAGUCAUUGAGAAGUGGGUGAGUGGCAUCAAAGACUUCCUCAUGAAAGAACAGGCUGCCCAAGGAGACGCUGCUGCGCUGCAGAGCCAGCUUGACCAAUGUGCUAUUGCUAUUCAAAAAAGCAGGCUGUCAGAUAGUCAAGAAAAAGCCCUGAACUUGAAAAAGGAUUUGGCUGAGAUGCAGGAGUGGAUGGCGCAGGCUGAAGAGGACUACCUGGAGAGGGACUUUGAGUACAAAUCUCCAGAAGAACUCGAGAGAGCGGUGGAGGAAAUGAAGAGGGCAAAAGAGGAUGUGCUGCAGAAGGAGGUGAGGGUGAAAAUUCUGAAGGACAGCAUCAAGCUGGUGGCUGCCAAGGUGCCCUCUGGUGGCCAGGAGUUGACGUCGGAGUUCAAUGAGGUGCUGGAGAGCUACCAGCUUCUCUGCAAUAGAAUUCGAGGGAAGUGCCACACACUGGAGGAGGUCUGGUCUUGCUGGGUGGAGCUGCUUCACUAUCUGGACCUGGAGACCACGUGGUUGAACACCUUGGAGGAGCGCGUGAGGAGCACGGAGGCCCUGCCUGAGAGGGCAGAAGCUGUUCAUGAAGCUCUGGAGUCUCUUGAGUCUGUUUUGCGCCAUCCAGCGGAUAAUCGCACCCAGAUUCGGGAACUUGGGCAGACUCUGAUUGAUGGUGGAAUCCUGGAUGACAUAAUCAGCGAGAAGCUGGAGGCUUUUAACAGCCGCUACGAAGAGCUGAGUCACUUGGCGGAGAGCAAACAGAUUUCUUUGGAGAAGCAACUCCAGGUCCUCCGUGAAACUGACCACAUGCUUCAGGUGCUGAAGGAGAGCCUGGGGGAGCUGGACAAACAGCUUACCACAUACCUGACGGACAGGAUCGAUGCCUUCCAACUGCCACAGGAAGCUCAGAAGAUCCAAGCAGAAAUCUCAGCCCAUGAGCUCACCCUGGAGGAGCUGAGGAAGAAUGUGCGCUCCCAGCCCCCGACGUCCCCUGAGGGCAGGGCCACCAGAGGAGGAAGUCAGAUGGACAUGCUACAGAGGAAACUUCGAGAGGUCUCCACCAAAUUCCAGCUUUUCCAGAAGCCCGCGAAUUUCGAGCAGCGGAUGCUGGACUGCAAGCGUGUGUUGGAGGGAGUGAAGGCUGAGCUUCAUGUCCUCGAUGUGAGGGAUGUGGACCCUGACGUCAUCCAGGCCCACUUGGACAAGUGCAUGAAACUAUAUAAAACGUUGAGUGAAGUCAAACUUGAAGUUGAGACUGUCAUCAAAACGGGGAGGCACAUUGUCCAGAAGCAGCAGACGGACAACCCGAAAAGCAUGGAUGACCAGCUUACAUCUCUGAAAGUCCUCUACAAUGACCUGGGCGCACAGGUGACAGAAGGGAAGCAGGACCUGGAAAGAGCCUCACAGCUGUCCAGGAAGAUGAAGAAGGAGGCUGCCAUCCUCUCUGAAUGGCUCUCUGCAACAGAGGCAGAACUAGUGCAGAAAUCCACAUCAGAAGGUGUGAUUGGUGACCUGGACACAGAAAUCUCCUGGGCUAAAAAUAUUCUCAAGGAUCUGGAAAAGAGGAAAGUUGACUUAAAUGGCAUUACAGAGAGUAGUGCUGCCCUUCAGCACCUGGUCUUGGGCAGUGAGUCUGUUCUGGAAGAGAACCUCUGUGUGCUCAAUGCUGGAUGGAGCCGAGUGCGGACGUGGACCGAAGAUUGGUGCAACACCUUGCUGAACCAUCAAAACCAGCUGGAGCUAUUUGAUGGACACGUCGCUCACAUCAGUACCUGGCUCUACCAAGCAGAAGCUCUGCUGGAUGAGAUCGAAAAGAAACCAGCGAGUAAACAGGAAGAAAUUGUGAAGCGUUUACUGUCUGAAUUGGAUGAUGCCAGCCUCCAGGUUGAGAAUGUUCAGGAACAAGCCAUCAUCUUGGUGAAUGCUCGUGGAAGCACCAGCAGGGAACUCGUGGAACCAAAACUAGCCGAGCUGAGCAGGAACUUUGAAAAGGUGUCCCAGCACAUAAAGAGUGCCCAAAUGCUGAUUGGUCAGGACCCUUCAUCCUACCAAGGCUUGGACCCUGCUGGAACUGUUGAAGCUGCUGAGUCUUUCUCUGACUUGGAAAACUUAGAACAAGACAUAGAAAACAUGUUGAAAGUUGUAGAAAAGCACUUGGACCCCAAUAACGAUGAGAAGAUGGAUGAGGAGCAAGCCCAGAUUGAGGAUGUUCUACAAAGAGGGGAGCAUUUGUUACAUGAACCUAUGGAGGACAGUAAGAAAGAAAAGAUCCGCUUGCAGUUGUUACUUUUGCAUACGCGUUACAACAAAAUCAAGACAAUCCCUAUCCAGCAGAGAAAAACAAGUCCAGUUUCUUCUGGAAUUACAUCAUCAGCCCUCCCUGCAGAUUAUCUGGUUGAAAUUAAUAAAAUUUUACUCACUCUGGAUGACAUUGAAUUAUCACUUAAUAUGCCUGAGCUAAACACCACUGUCUACAAAGACUUCUCUUUCCAGGAAGACUCUCUGAAGAGUAUCAAAGGUCAACUGGACAGACUUGGAGAGCAGAUUGCAGUUGUUCACGAGAAGCAGCCAGAUGUCAUCGUGGAAGCCUCUGGCCCUGAGGCCAUUCAGAUCAGGGACAUGCUCGCUCAGCUGAACGCAAAAUGGGACCGAGUGAAUAGAGUGUACAGUGAUCGGAGAGGGUCCUUGGCCAGGGCUGUGGAGGAAUGGAGGCAGUUCCACCAUGACCUUGAUGACCUUACACAGUGGUUAUCUGAAGCUGAAGACCUGCUGGUAGACACUUGUGCUCCAGAUGGUAGCCUGGACCUGGAGAAAGCCAGGGCACAGCAGCUGGAACUGGAAGAGGGCCUCAGCAGCCACCAGCCCAGCCUGAUCAAUGUUAACCAAAAGGGGGAGGACAUUGUUCAGAGACUCCGCCCCUCGGAGGCAAGCUUCCUGAAGGAGAAGCUGGCAGGUUUAAACCAGCGCUGGAGCACUCUUGUAGCUGAGGUGGAGGAUUUGCAGCCCAGGCUAAAAGGAGAAAGUAAGCAGGUGUUGGGGUACAAGAGACGGCUAGAUGAGGUCACCUGCUGGUUAACGAAAGUGGAGAAUGCUGUGCAGAAGAGAUCAACCCCUGACCUGGAAGAAAGCCCACAGGAAUUAACAGAUUUAGCCCAAGAGACGGAAGUUCAAGCUGAAAACAUUAAGUGGCUGAACAGAGCAGAACUGGAAAUGCUUUCAGACAAAAGUCUGAGUUUGCGUGAAAGAGAUAAACUUUCGGAAAGUUUAAGGAAUGUAAACACAAGGUGGACCAAGGUAUGCAGAGAAGUGCCUAGCCUACUGAAGACACGCACCCAAGACCCCUGCUCUGCCCCACAGACGAGGACGGCUGCUCAUCCCAACGUCCAAAAGGUGGUGCUAGUAUCAUCUGCAUCAGAUGUUCCUCUGCGUGGCGGCCUGGAAAUCUCGGUUCCUGCUGAUUUGGAUAAAACCAUCACAGAACUGGCUGACUGGCUAGUAUUGAUCGACCAAAUGCUGAAGUCCAACAUUGUCACUGUGGGGGACGUGAAAGAGAUCAAUAAGACAGUUUCCCGGAUGAAAAUCACAAAGGCUGAUUUAGAACAACGCCAUCCUCAGCUUGAUUGUGUAUUUACCUUGGCUCAAAAUUUGAAAAACAAAGCUUCCAGUUCAGAUGUGAGAACAGCAAUCACAGAAAAAUUGGAAAAGCUGAAGACCCAGUGGGAGAGUACGCAGCAUGGUGUGGAGCUGCGGCGGCAGCAGCUGGAGGACAUGGUUGUGGACAGCCUGCAGUGGGACGACCACAGGGAAGAGACUGAAGAGCUCAUGAGAAAAUACGAGGCUCGCUUCUACAUGCUGCAGCAGGCCCGCCGGGACCCACUUAGCAAACAAGUUUCUGAUAAUCAACUUUUGCUUCAAGAGCUGGGGUCUGGCGAUGGUGUCAUCAUGGCGUUUGAUAAUGUCCUGCAGAAACUUCUGGAAGAAUACAGUGGCGAUGACACAAGGAAUGUGGAAGAAACCACGGAGUACUUGAAAACAUCAUGGGUCAAUCUCAAACAAAGCAUCGCUGAUAGACAGAGUGCCUUGGAGGCUGAGCUACAGACAGUGCAGACUUCUCGUAGAGACCUGGAGAACUUUGUCAAGUGGCUUCAGGAAGCAGAAACCACAGCAAAUGUGCUGGCGGAUGCCUCUCAGCGGGAGAAUGCUCUUCAGGACAGUGUCCUGGCCCGGCAGCUCAGACAGCAGAUGCUGGACAUCCAGGCAGAAAUUGAUGCCCACAAUGACAUAUUUAAAAGCAUCGAUGGAAACCGGCAGAAGAUGGUGAAAGCUCUGGGGAAUUCUGAGGAGGCCACAAUGCUUCAGCAUCGACUGGAUGACAUGAACCAAAGAUGGAAUGAUUUGAAGGCAAAAUCUGCUAGCAUCAGGGCCCAUUUGGAGGCCAGUGCUGAGAAAUGGAACAGGUUGCUGGCGUCACUGGAAGAGCUGAUCAAAUGGCUCAAUAUGAAAGAUGAGGAGCUUAAGAAACAGAUGCCUAUUGGAGGGGACGUUCCUGCUUUACAGCUCCAGUAUGACCACUGCAAGGUGCUGAGACGUGAGCUAAAGGAGAAAGAGUAUUCUGUGCUGAACGCUGUAGAUCAAGCUCGAGUUUUUCUGGCUGAUCAGCCAAUAGAGGCCCCUGAAGAACCAAGAAGAAACCCACAAUCAAAGACAGAGUUGACUCCUGAGGAGAGAGCCCAGAAGAUCGCCAAAGCCAUGCGCAAGCAGUCUUCUGAAGUCCGAGAGAAGUGGGAAAACCUAAAUGCUGUCACUAGCAACUGGCAAAAGCAAGUAGGGAAGGCGUUAGAGAAACUCCGAGACCUGCAGGGAGCUAUGGACGACCUGGACGCAGACAUGAAGGAGGUGGAGGCUGUGCGGAAUGGCUGGAAGCCCGUGGGAGACCUGCUUAUAGACUCCCUGCAGGAUCACAUUGAGAAAACCCUGGCAUUUAGAGAAGAAAUUGCACCAAUCAACUUAAAAGUAAAAACAAUGAAUGACCUGUCCAGUCAGCUGUCUCCACUUGACUUGCAUCCAUCUCUAAAGAUGUCUCGCCAGCUGGAUGACCUUAAUAUGCGAUGGAAACUUCUACAGGUUUCCGUGGACGAUCGCCUUAAGCAGCUCCAGGAAGCCCACAGAGAUUUUGGGCCGUCUUCUCAACACUUUCUGUCCACCUCCGUCCAGCUGCCGUGGCAGAGAUCCAUUUCACAUAAUAAAGUGCCCUACUACAUCAACCAUCAAACACAGACAACCUGUUGGGAUCAUCCUAAAAUGACUGAACUCUUUCAAUCCCUUGCUGAUCUGAAUAAUGUACGUUUCUCUGCCUACCGCACAGCAAUCAAAAUUCGAAGGCUGCAAAAAGCAUUAUGUCUGGAUCUCCUAGAGCUGAAUACGACGAAUGAAGUUUUCAAGCAGCACAAACUGAACCAAAAUGAUCAGCUCCUGAGUGUCCCAGACGUCAUCAACUGUCUGACCACCACUUACGAUGGGCUUGAGCAGCUGCACAAGGACUUGGUCAAUGUCCCACUCUGCGUCGAUAUGUGUCUCAACUGGCUGCUCAAUGUAUAUGACACGGGCCGGACUGGAAAAAUUCGGGUACAGAGUCUGAAGAUUGGAUUGAUGUCUCUCUCCAAAGGCCUCUUAGAAGAGAAAUACAGAUGUCUCUUUAAGGAGGUGGCAGGGCCAACAGAGAUGUGUGACCAGCGGCAGCUUGGCCUGCUACUUCAUGAUGCCAUCCAGAUCCCUAGGCAGCUGGGGGAAGUAGCAGCCUUUGGGGGCAGUAACAUUGAGCCCAGUGUCCGCAGCUGCUUCCAGCAGAAUAACAACAAGCCAGAAAUCAGUGUGAAGGAGUUUAUAGACUGGAUGCAUUUGGAACCCCAGUCCAUGGUGUGGUUGCCAGUUCUGCAUCGGGUCGCAGCUGCUGAGACUGCAAAACAUCAGGCCAAAUGCAACAUCUGCAAAGAAUGCCCGAUUGUUGGGUUCAGAUACAGGAGCCUAAAGCAUUUUAAUUAUGAUGUCUGCCAGAGUUGCUUCUUUUCUGGAAGAACAGCAAAGGGCCACAAGUUACAUUACCCGAUGGUGGAAUACUGCAUACCGACAACAUCUGGGGAAGAUGUGAGAGAUUUCACUAAGGUGCUGAAGAACAAGUUCAGGUCCAAGAAAUAUUUUGCCAAACAUCCUCGGCUUGGCUACCUGCCUGUCCAGACCGUGCUGGAAGGGGACAACUUAGAAACUCCUAUCACGCUCAUCAGUAUGUGGCCAGAGCACUAUGACCCCUCCCAGUCCCCUCAGCUGUUUCAUGAUGACACCCACUCAAGAAUAGAGCAAUACGCUACACGACUGGCCCAGAUGGAAAGGACCAACGGGUCCUUCCUAACGGAUAGCAGCUCUACAACAGGAAGCGUGGAGGAUGAGCAUGCCCUCAUCCAGCAGUACUGCCAGACUCUGGGCGGGGAGUCGCCUGUGAGUCAGCCACAGAGUCCAGCUCAGAUCCUGAAGUCCGUGGAGAGGGAAGAGCGUGGGGAACUGGAGCGGAUCAUUGCUGACUUGGAGGAAGAGCAAAGAAAUCUGCAGGUGGAGUAUGAGCAGCUGAAGGAGCAGCACCUAAGAAGGGGUCUCCCUGUGGGCUCCCCUCCAGACUCCAUCGUAUCUCCUCACCACACGUCUGAGGACUCAGAACUUAUAGCGGAAGCUAAACUCCUGCGGCAGCACAAAGGGCGGCUGGAGGCGAGGAUGCAAAUUUUGGAAGAUCACAAUAAACAGCUGGAGUCUCAGCUGCACCGCCUCAGACAGCUCCUGGAGCAGCCUGACUCUGAUGCCCGCAUCAAUGGUGUCUCCCCCUGGGCUUCCCCACAGCAUUCUGCAUUGAGCUACUCCCUUGACACUGACCCAGGCCCACAGUUCCACCAGGCAGCAUCUGAGGACCUGCUGGCCCCACCUCACGACACUAGCACGGACCUCACAGACGUGAUGGAGCAGAUCAACAGCACGUUUCCCUCUUGCAGCCCAAAUGUCCCCAGCAGGCCACAGGCAAUGUGAAGCAUCUAUCCAGCCAACAACAUUUCCCGACCUUCAGUAUUGCCCUCUUCUGCAAAUGCCAAUCCCAAGACCCAUUCCACCCCAAAGCUCCGUGGCUCCACGACACAAGCUGUUGAGUGCUGACUGGGUGUUCUACUGAGGGAAUCAAACACUGACUAUCCAAAGAGAAAAGGAUAUUUUGGUUUUAUAAUAACGUAUAUUAUUGUUUUCUUCUUCCCUUUCUAUGCAACUGUAAAUUAAUGAACAGAGAAGUAUUUGGAGGUGGUAAAGCAUUUGUCACUGAUUUGUAUGAUAUAUACAGCCAUGGGAAAGUGGGUGGGGGCUUUCUAAUACGAAACUGCCUUUUUAAUAACCGAGAGAAAAUUGCAUAAGAAUUAGACCACUUUGCAUUAUUACAUUCCUUCUGCUGUUCAUAUUAACCUUGUACAAUAACUUCAUUUAUUAUUUGACUGUUUUACCAUUAUGUUUUGGUUAUUUAUAAAUUCAUCAGCCAUACAGACAAAUAGAUUCUAUGUACUUGUUUCUAUAAUCUGGCCAAAUUCCUAAGUUCAUAUAUUUGAAUAAAAUAUUUUACAUAUGUGGAGUAGGCAGGCAUUCUGAAGAUACUAUUUAACUUUAGUUGACGUCAUACACACAGUCCUUUAGUAACCACUGGAUGAUUACACUAAAAAUCCUGUGGACUUUAACGGCAAGCUGCUGGGGUAUUUUUCCUCCUGUUUUUAUUCCUUUUUUGUAAGUAGAUCUUAACAUCUUUAUUUAUUUCAUCUUGCAAUCUCUAUAAUAAAGAAGACUGUAUUGUAAUAGUCUCAAAAAAUUAUUUUACCAAGGGUUACCAUUUAAGCAUAUUUUCAUUUUGAUUCAGAAACCAAAGUUGGUACAACCUCUCCUAGUACUUGCACCCUUGGCUUUCAUGAGAAAACACACGGCAGGCUUUGCCCAUUGUGAGGAGAGUACACAUCAUGCUCUUCAGUUUCCUUUGAAUAGACUUUUGUUGUUGGUUUUGUAUUUUUCGAGUCCUGUGUAAGUUUUGAAAGCUCUGGUUGUUUCCUUUUGUGAAAGCAGGCAGAUACUUAGUAACUGUCUCACUGAAGCUUUGGAGCAGACAGACAGAUGUCUCAUGACCCCUCACUUGGCCAGCAGCACAUCCGAGAAGGAUGUCACUCACAAGCCUACACCACUGCUACUCUAGAAUGAAAUUAGUGCUCGGAUGAUUGGAUCCCCGCCUCUACUUCUGAGUGUGUUCAGCUGGGUAUUGGCUUCUUUUUCUUUUUCUUUUUCUUUUUUUUAAUUUAACACUUAAUUGCCAAUUUUAGAGAAACCAAAAAUAAAGGUGAAGGUAAUAUGUUUUGAUUCAAACAUAUAUGCUUUUAAAACAUCAGGACAUGCUAACUUUGGGUUCUCUUUCACUGGGAUCUGGCCAGAAGGAGGCUGAAAGUUAGAAAUUGCUAUUCUUUUAGGAUCGGUUGGGUGGGUUGGGGGGCAAGGGUGUCUAUUUGCAGCAUAGAUAUUUUGAGACGAAGAAAAUUGUUUUAUAUAAGGGGAGAGCCAUGAUCACCUUUCUACCUCAGAACCACCUUCCUCCAUUGUGUUGGACAUAGCUUUAUAUGCCGCAGUGUGCAAACCCUAGGGCUGUAAUCAGGCCAUUCCAUACCCAGGAAGCACCUGUGUAAACAACAUCAACAGAAACUCCCGGAACUCAGAACCCCGAGUUGUAGAUUUGGUGUCGUCCUUGUUCUUGCUUUGAGGAGUCAUGUGUUCUUUUAUUUCCUGCCUGUAUUUGUAUGCAAAAUGAUCUCUAUCUGCUAUUACAGAAAAAGCUACACAAAACACUACAUUGUAACCUUCUGAGUAAUAAAUAAGAGGAAAUAUAUUACAGUAACCAUGAUGAGAAAUAAGUGUAUUGUUCUUUUGAAAUAUGUGGUUAAUCACAGACUGUCAUCUAAUCUGUUACAUACUGUAUUUUUCAUCCUGAAUAAAAGUAAUUUUAACACAAAAUGACUCUGAUGUUUGGCUGUGUUCACUGAUGAAAUCAGAUCUUUGAAUGUAUGUGAUGAAAGCUAACUAUAAGAUGAUCUAUAUUCUGAUAAAUCUAAAUAUUUUCUGAAACUCUCUCCUAUACAUUAAUCUAGUCUCCAUUCACUCAUUAUCUCUCUCUCUUUUCUUGCACAUAAAUAUGAUUAUAUAUUUUUCAAUUUCCUGUACAAAUCAGAAUCCGAUUACUAGGGAAAAUGGAUGUUAUAAGCAUAUCCCUGAAGCCUAUUGGACCUUCAUUUUUAUAACUUGGAGCUCCUGAGAUUCAUCUGGUUACUCUCUCAAAUCCACUUUCAU